GGGGUUUGUUUUGGUUUGGUUUAGUUCUCUAUCGUCGUCUUUUCCGAUCGGUCCAGUUCCGCUGAAAAGGAGCCCGGACGCACUUACGCGGAAGCCUGGCUUACUUGCUGCUCAUGCUGCUGCUUAUACUGCUGCUCUCACUGCACACUACUGCACAUACCUUAUGCAGCUUGUGGCCAGUGUGCAUCCGAGGCAAAAGGACCUGCGGACGGGAAGGGAGAGUGGUUAAUCUUUUGCCUAUUUUUGUUCUUGCUUGUUUUUUUUUCUUGUCGCAUUCGCACCGUGGGUUGAUUGAUCCUCGGUUCAGUCCAAGUCAGACAAAGAGAUAGACAAGCAGUCCAGGCACGCGGGUGGUUCGGAGCAAGGACCGGAGAGUGGAAGUCC